GGGGGGGGGAAGAGUAAAUUUUAGCGGUAAUUCUUUGUACCAUACAAAUACGACCUGAGGAAGUAGACUGUAGAUAAAAAAAUAAAAUAAGGAGCAAAAUCAAGUGAUAGUGUCGUCAGGGCAGCAGGUGCAGCCAGGUAAAAGUGGCAAGAGUUUGUAUUGUUCUUUUGUUUAUGAGAGAACCAAAAAAAAAGGAUAUAUUAUGUAGAGAGAGAAAUAUUAGGGGUGAAGAGGGGAUCAAGAUCAGGAAGAGGAGGCCCAUUGAAGAUCUCUUCAGAGAUUAAUUAACAAACAUAUCUUGUUGCCUGCCCGGCCCAGCUACCAGUAAUUGAUGUACUUAGGAAUAAUACAAGAGAGAGAGAGAGAGAGAGAGGAGUAUAGUAUAGUAGUACUAGUAGUAGUAGAGUAAUCCGGAAAUCGCAGGGAGAGGUUGAAGAAGAAGAUUUGGGCGAUCUUCUUCUUCAUCUUCUGGGAGAGGCCUUAAAAAAAAAAGAAAAAAAAAGAGAGAAGAUGUAUACUUUACAGCAGAGGUAUGAGCUGGAGGAGAACCAAAUCCAAAUCCACCAACCCGACCAAAUCUCCCCAAAUCUGUCCACCCAUGAAACCACCACUCUUCCCCUAAUUAAUAGUAGUAGAAGCCGUACAUCUACUGAUGAUGAUCUGGGAAAGAAGCUUCAGCAGAAUCGGGGGAGAUCCUCUUUUCAGCAACCCAUCAAGAACAAUAAUAGAGUACAACAAGAAGAGGAUGAAGCCAAACAAAAUAAGCGAAUCCAGCAUAGAGAUAUUGAGAGGCAAAGGCGGCAAGAAAUGGCCUCCCUCUAUGCUUCUCUCAGAUCCCUCCUCCCACUUGAAUAUGUCAAGGGAAAGCGGGCGGUGUGUGAUCACAUGCAGGAGGCCGUGAAUUACAUCAAAUGCUUGCAAACCAAUAUCAUUCAGCUUCAGGCUAAGCGAGACCGGCUGCUGACCACCACCACCACCACCCACAUUCAUUCUUCCACUACUACUGCUGCUAGUUUGCGGAGUUCCCGGAAUGUUGGAAAUACUGCAAGCAACACUAGCUGUUGUAUUCCCGUACGCACGACAGAUAUCUCGGUCAUCCCUUGUACCGGCGGCGGCCUGGAGAUAUUGAUCAGCACCAGACCAAAACAGGCCCAAUUCCCACUCUCCAGAGUCCUCAAACUCCUACUCUCUCAUGGCCUGGAUGUUGUUUCCUGUGUUUCCACCACAGUCCACGACCUCAAACUCCACAAGAUUCACUCCCAGCUCCAGGUUACUGACGGCGGUGAUCAGUCCAAUAUUGACAUAAUGGAACUGCAGCAAAAGUUGACGAAUUUGGUUAGCCCGCCCACAAUGUCUUGACUAAUAUUUUCUUCAUCUUUUUAUUUAAUCGUACGGGGUUAAUAACAGCUUUGGAUAUUGGUGACAUGACAGUUUCAGAUCACUAGAUAACACACUCUCUCGUAUGCAUUCUUCCUCCCCAAUUCCAUCAUCUUCUUCUGUCAAAGGAUGCUAGUGAUUCGUUUAGCCAUAAAGCUCGAAUUAAAAAGGAUAUUCUAGCUGCUGUUUUUGAUUGUUUGCGCCAUUUCUUUUGCUUGAUUCUUGUUCUUUGUCCAUCCCCCAACCCCUUAACACCCCCCCACACACACACGCACACACUGUGGGUUUUACUUUUAACGGUAACUUUUCUUCUCCUCCUAAUAUUACGCAUCUAAUGUCCAAAUAUUUUACUUCAGUUAAUUCGGAUUCAAUCCUAGUUAAUCUCUUUAGCAUUUGAGAAACAUGCAUCAGUCAUGAUGUAAAUUAGUUGACUAUCACAGAGUUACCUUGUUCGGUGUGGGUUUUUUUUUUUUUUCCUUUUUUCUUUUUGAUGAACAAUUGUUGAAGAAAGCUACAAUUCAGGAAGAUGAGGUAGUCUAUGAAUGUUUCUGGUCCAUCACUGCUGCCAACUUGUAAUUAAUCGUAAAAUCAAGUUGAUCAAUUAUUUUCCAGCUUGUGGUAAAAUAUACAUGUGCAGUUGCCAGUUGUUUUUGUUGUUAUAUCAGACUUCAUUCAAGUUGGCUGUUGAACUUCAAUAUAUAUACCUGACAGGCUGAUGAAAUGCUAGAGGGUGAAAAAAAGAAGAAGGAAGGGAUAUAUAUAAAGCCUAUUAAUUAGGUAGGAUAACCCUGAAGCCCCUAUCUGGCCGGGUCAAGUAGAAAUUAAUUUCAAUGUGAUAUAUGUCCGCAUAGAUAAGUCUAUCUUCUAUUUUUGUACCAAAAGCUGAUCUAACUACACAUUAACAGCUCACGGUUUUAGAAUGGACUAGUAAUGCAUCUCAUCAUUCAUAUCUUUUGGAUUUAUGCUAGGUUGGCUGAUUUUAUGAAAUGGAAAACUUAGCAUACAGAAAUGUGACCAGCUAGCUAUAUUCCUGAAAAUUUUCAUGCAAGCUUUCUAUUGCAGUUGUAAUAUUUUGGAGAUAACCUUUACUCCUUCUGUGCCAAAAUUAUUGUCCAGUUUGAGAUUUCAUUUUUAGUAAAAAUGAAAACUCAAACUGGGUAAUAAUUAUGGGACUGAGGAAGUAUAUGGUAAGGAAGGAUUGUUUAAUACGAUAAAGGAAAAGUUAUAUCCUGUCCAUUUCAUUUUAAUAAUCCGUUUUGUUGAACUGGAAGGUAGGAAUAUUUGUUUAUGCAUCAUUUGAGAUUCUGAUCUUCUUAUCUCUUAUCUCCUGAAUUGGAGAUUUUGAUUGUUUCCUUGUAGUUAAACAAAUGUAUAAACUGCUUAAAGAUAUAAGUCAAACCAAUUUAAGUUUUGAUUGCUCAUCGUUACAUGCUCACUAUUUAGUAUAUCAUCAUCAAUGGAAAAAUAACUAGAAGUUUUAAGCUAUUCAUGAUAAGUUUAACCUCUUUUUUUUU